AUGGAGGAAGUGAUGUCAUCCAACUCCAAGUCCGUCCAGGCGGCGGUGGCGGCUGGGGAGCGGAAGCCGAGGCCGAGGCCGGAGCAGAGGGUGGAAUGCCCGCGAUGCAAGUCCGGCAACACCAAGUUCUGCUACUACAACAACUACAGCAUGUCCCAGCCCCGCUACUUCUGCAAGGCCUGCCGCCGCUACUGGACCCAGGGCGGCUCCCUCCGCAACGUCCCCGUCGGCGGCGGCUGCCGCAAGUCCAAACGCCCCGCAGCGGCCUCCUCCUCCGACGGCCAGAACAAGCAGCUGGGCGCCGCCUCCUCCUCGUCCUCUGAACCGCCACCCAUGGGCACCGCACCCGCCUGCGCGGCGAUGAUGGACUUCGUCCCCAACGUCCUCCCGACGACGUACAUGUCCGCCGGGUUCGAGCAUCCAGGCAGCCUCUCCCUGGCCACCUUCGUCUCGGCGUCGUCCUCCAACCUGGCGGCACCGGGUUCCGCCGGGACGUCGUCGUUCCUGGACGUGCUGAGAGGGGGAGCAGGAGGGGUUCUCGAUGGCGGCCACCGUCUGAACAGCGGCGGCUACUACUUCGGCGGGCCUGCCGCCGGGUCAGGCAUUGGGAUGCUGAUGACGCCUCCGGCGCCGUCGUUUGGCAUUGCAGGUACGAUGCUGCCCCAUGGCGGGCUCGUUUUUGGUGGGAAUGGAAUCGGUGGCACAGCUGCUGCAGCAUUUCAGGGCGGGGAUGGAGAUGGCAGCAUGAUGGGGCUCCAGUGGCAGCCACCUUUUGGCAAUGCUAAUGGUGGUGGCGGUGUUGGAUCCCAGCAGCAGCUGGGCACCGGCAACAACGAUGCAGCCACGGGCAACAACAACAACAACAACAACGGUGGAGGCGGCGGCGGAGACGAUGACGACGACGAUGACGGGUCAUCUGGGGACUGCUACUGGAGCAACAAUGGAGGCUCAUCAAACCAGUGGCAGAGCCUCAUCAACAGCGGCUCCCUGAUGUAA